AUGUCUUCGAUCUUCUGUAGAUCUUGUAUUGUGAAGGAAAACGUCAGAGCGAUUGGAACGUUCAUUUUUGCCACUAAUUCAUGGUUAAAUUUACCAGCUCAAAUCACUGAGUUUGGGGAGAGUUCAUCGUAUGAAGGAAAGAUUAUAUCACAACCAAUUAAGACACUUUAUCUCUAUACUCUAGUCAAUUGUUGUGAGUUGUGUAAUCAAAUAUGGCUUGACGGUGUGAAAUAUCUAAUAAACAUGGUGCAAUGCUGCGAUACUGUCUACCUUUUCUAUCGCAAUCCUAACAAUCCUGACAAUCCUGACGAUCCUGGCAAUCCUGACAAUGCAGUUCCUCAAAGCAGUAAGACAGGCAAGACAAUGUGUUUCUCGGGAUAG